AUGCCCUCGCCCCUCCCGCGGCGCAGUUACCUCCCGGGCGAGUUUUCUCCCUCCGUGGACUCCAGGCCCUGCAGCAGCCCCUCGGAGCUCCCAGGUAGGACAGGGAAGCUCUUCCUGGGCACCACUCCUCCCAGGGCCCCACGGCUGCCUCGCCGGCUGGCCUGGUGCACCAUCGACUGGGAGCAGGUGUGCUUCCUGCAGAGGCUGGGCGCUGGGGGCUUCGGCUCCGUGUACAAGGCGACCUACCACGGGGUGCUCGUGGCCAUCAAGCAAGUGAACAGGUGCACCAAGAACCGCCUGGCGUCCCAGCGCAGCUUCUGGGCUGAGCUCAACGUAGCGAGGCUUCGCCAUGAGAACAUCGUGGGGGUUGUGGCUGCCAGUACGCGCACGCCUGUGGGCUUUGAUAGUUUAGGCGCCAUCAUCAUGGAGUUCGGUGGCCAUGUCACUUUACACCAAGUCAUCUACGGUGCUACCAGCUCCCCCGAGGAAGAGGAGGAGGAGGAGGAAGUGGAGCCUCACGGAGGUGCAGGAGGGGAGCUGAAUUUGUCCAAGUGCCUGCGGUACGCCCUGGAUAUUGUGAACGGGCUGCUCUUCCUCCACUCACAAAGCAUUGUGCACUUGGACCUGAAGCCCGCCAACAUUCUGAUCAGCGAGCGGGACGUCUGCAAAAUCGGGGACUUCGGUUGUUCUGAGAGGCUGGAGGAUCUCCCGUGCUUCCAGACCCCUUCUCACCACCUGGGCGGCACCUACACCCACCGCGCCCCCGAGCUCCUCAAAGGCGAGACCCUGACGCCCCAAGCCGACAUCUAUUCUUUCGCCAUCACUCUCUGGCAGAUGACGACCCAGGAGGUGCCUUACCUGGGCGAGCGGCAGCACGUGCUCUACGCGGUGGUGGCUUACGACCUGCGGCCGCCGCUCUCGGCAGCUGUCUUCUCGGCCUCCAUCCCUGGGAAGAGGCUGGGGCAGAUGAUCCAGGGCUGCUGGAGGGCCAGUGCCGUGCGGAGGCCCAGCGCGGAGCUGCUCCUGGCUGACCUCAGCUCCCUGAGAGCUGACCUCGGCUGA